AUGAAGCCGAUUCGGAAACCAGAGCGCACCGGGACCGAGCAGACCCGGCCAAGCCGGCCCGUCCCCGCCCAGAACGAGUCCCGCGGCCCCACAGAACCGCCUGCGUGUCACUUCCCCCCCCAAAAUCCCGCCUGCGCCGGCCUCCGCCCCGACCCUCUCCGCCGGCCACCCCCGCCCCUCCGGCCCCGGCUCCCUCCUUCCCCGCGGUCCCCGACUCACGGCCUAAGGGGCUCCUCCGGCAGCGGCGGGCGGCUUGGACCCUCCCUCAGAGCACAGAGCCCAGAAGCACCCUGGACCGCCACCUACUCGCCGGAUAUACGUAACACCCCCUCCCCCGGGACUUCCGGGCGCGUGCUCGCCCCCGCCCCUUCGCAGCGUCACGUCGCUCUGACACCCGGUGCCGCCCUACCAGCGACUGGGACCGCGGAGGGGCGGGCCUCAGGCGAGACGAAGACCCUCGGGGGCGGGCCCGACUUGGCCCCGCCUCCUCCCGUAGGGAGUGCAGGAACCGCGAGACGUGGCAGCGCCGUGCCCCGGAGGGUGGGGGCGUCGUCCUGGAGUCUCGCGGGGGACCUAGACGGCUUCAAAUCCGACCGAGUGCGUUCUCAGACGCUGGGGGAAAAUCAGAAGUGGCGACCGGCAGAUAAGAAAACUGAGUCAAAUGUAAAGAUGAAUGAUGCUUUUGGAUGGGAAGACUAUCAUAAAGAUCUCAAUUUUCUUUUGUUUCCUCUGACAGGUUACGAGACAAACACCCCGUUUACUUGAGUUUUAAAAGGGUAUUUCCUUUGCCCCACUUGAAUGACCAAUAAAGACAUAAGUCCAGUUGGCAAAGUGAAA